UUUUAAUUGGGACUAAAACAGUAGGAGCGAUAACUCUUUGAAUAAAACUGUCACCAAAUCAACGAUACCGAGUUUUCGUGGAUUAAAAGAAAAUGCUGCUCUGAAAUCGAGGACGUGGUCCUGUUAGUAGAUGGUAAGCAAAGGUCAGUUUGUACAGUCAUCAUCACCGAUGAAAGUUCCACGAGAAAACAGAAAAGUGGACAAGACGAGAGACAGUUGUUGCAAGCUAAUUAAGACAACUAAAGUGCAGUUUCUGUACGGCCGGAGUUCAAAUCUUUUACUGUACAGCGUGUUAUCAUAAAGAAGUCUAUUUUUUUGGUGUUUUCGAAAGUCAGUCUUAAAAUCAAGUCAUCUCCUCUGAGAUUUGGUAUUCAGACUCGGUUCCGCUUCGUUACACAUUGGUCAUUCCUUGAAUACUUAUUGAUACCAUGGCUAGCGAAAGAACUCAGCUGUUGGCAAGUGGCAAUAGCUACCGUCGUCCAAGCCUUCGGGGCAAUGGUCAGAUGGAUAGCAGCGAGGACUACCAAGGGGAGAUAAUAAAAGACGAAGUGUCACUGUGCUGCUCAUAUCGUCUGGGAGUCAUCAUCUGCUGCACCUUCGCCAUGACCAUAACUUUUGCAGUGCAGGCCAGUAUGAGCUCGGCAAUGGUCUGCAUGCUGGAAGAUCCGAUAGAGGACAUUCCGCUGACCAACGGCUCAAACUGGACGCUUUUAGAAUACAAUCAUACAGAUAUAAACCAGACUGGCCAGGAGUGGAAAUUUCCAUGGGACAAAACGUCUCAAGGCUGGGCGCUGUCUUCUUUCUUUGUUGGGUAUUACGUGUCACAGCUCCCAUCGGGCAUCGCCUCAGCCAGAUUUGGAGCCAAGAAAGUUGUGGUGCUGGGACUAACACUGACAGCCGUCUUUCAACUGUUGACUGUUCCUGCUGCAUACUAUGGACUGGGUUGGCUAUAUGCUGACAGAAUUAUUGUUGGAUUUAUUGACGGGUUUUUGUAUGCACCUACAUUUGCUUUAGUGGGCCAGUGGACACCUCGCCAUGAGACCAGCCUUUUGUUUGGUUUAGUUGGAAUGGGUAUGGAGCUUGGUGACAUGGUUUCCUUCGGUAUCUCUUUGUUCGCUUGCGAACUUCCUAUACAAGGAGGAUGGCCUUUUGUUUUCUAUACAAUGUCUGCCAUUGGCCUCGUGCUGGCAAUAUUCUUUGUUCUAUUUGUCUCUGACUCACCAUUUGACAACAGACUUAUGUCUGAAGCCGAAGUUUCUUUCAUUGCCAGCUCCAUUCCAAAAGUUGAAGAGAAAUCAGCAAGAGCUUUGGCCAAAAUUCCUGUGAAAGAAAUUUUGAAAUCCAUGCCUGUUUGGGCAAUAGUUGUGUCUCAGAUUGGCUCUGACUGGAUGUACUACUGUAUUCUGACAGUCUCACCCACAUAUCUAAAGGAAAUCAUUAAGCUUUCUAACUUAGAGAUUAAUUUAUUGUCUGGUGUACCAUUUUUGUUUAUCAUCCCAACUAUCUACCUCUCUGGAUAUAUCAGUGAUAAAGUUGUCAUGAAAGGAAUGCUGUCUAAUACAUCAGUCAGAAAAAUUAAUGACGCCUUUUGUAAACUGAUACCUGCUGGUGUGGUAAUAGCCCUGGGAUUUCUCCCUGAGGGAUACACCGCUGUGGCUUUUGUUCUGAAUGUUAUAGGAGACACUGCCUUGGGCUUUGCCUAUGUUGCCUGGAUGGCCAACCCUGUAGACCUUGCCCCAGCAUAUACUGGAUUCAUUGUAGGAAUAUGUGAGGUGGGUGCUGUGUGGGUGGCCAUUGUGGUCCCUAUUCUUGUGGAUACUAUUACUGCAGAUAAAUCCCGAGAAAAAUGGCAACUGGCUUUCUACAUUACUGCUGGGAUUCAGGUGUUUUGUUAUAUUUUCUACAUUAUCUUUGCGUCAGGAGAAUUGCAGCCUUGGGCUUUUAGCACUUAUAGCAAAGUAGGCUAUGAUGACCUAGAUAAAGGGGAUAAAGACAGUAAGUUGAAGACACACGAAGGCAGUGAGAGCUCGAUUGACUCCCUGUACAAGGAAAAGAGAAGAGCAGAGGAGGAAGAGAAGCAGAGACUCAUCACCUCACUGUCUUUAUCACUUGGAGGCUUCCGGGGUACAAGCUCGUACGAACGUGAAAUGGCUGAAGAGCAAAGAAGGAGAGCUCAUUAUAAUUCUGACAUGAGCUCAGCCGUGACCUACUUUGGGCCAGCCCAGGCAGACACCAAGCUAGAGUCAGGUUACACUGAAACAACGUUUGAAGACAUCGGUCCGAAGAAUAAUGGCGUGUCGAUUGGGGUCCAGGUUAGUUUUGACGACCGCACGGGCUUGACAAGUUCAACGGAAGAGGGAAGUUUUGAGCAAAGCUACUUGCUGAAAAAGAGCCGAAGGAAAGGUCAAGGUGAAGUCAGCAGACAUCAGCCUUCCGAGGAUAAAUUGUUAUCUGUGGCUGUAGGUGUGGCAUCCUCGGCGUUCGUUGACAUGAAACCACAGCAACAUCUGAUGAAUGCUGAACAUACAAGCAGCAUUAUGGCUGAAACUAUUUCUGAUCCUGAGACCUUAAGGCAUAAGGAGCCAGUCGCUGUUAAUAACCUGAGCUUAUGGGAAGAAAUACAUCAGGCAGAGGGCACCAGCAGCCAUGCCACUGACCCUGUCCCCAUCAAGAAGAGAAGGAGCUUCAUGAGCCGGCUUUUCAAACUUGGUCGGAGUGCUAGCAACCCUGACCUUGAAGCUAAAGACAACGCAGGCUGUGAUGAGAUAGACGGGGCUGCGGUUACUGUUCUUGACGGAGAAAACUGGACAACAAAAAGUUUUGACAGCGGCAAGAAGAAGACCAAGGGAGACAAACAUUUCUCUUGAAAGAGUCGUCAAGUUUUUGUUUCAAUGUAUACUUUAAAUUUAUAAUAAGUCUUUCUCUGUUAUAGAAUUAAUGUUUUUUUAAUUAGCUGAUACUAAGAACCUGAAUAAAAUCUAUUCCAUGCUUUUCAAUUAAUGAACUACUUGAUGUGUUAACCAAUGAUAAUUUUAAAUGUUAUUUUAAGCAUGUGCGUACUCAGUAUUAUUUUAUGACAUUAUACGACAAUGAUUUUAUUGACACUUUGUUUCAUAUGUUUAUAUCCUCAGGCUACAUUGAUAGAUUGUAUCUAUUUGUACACUAAUCAUUUUUAUGAUCAUCCAUUUCCUUACUUUUAUGUUAAGGACAGAAACAAAUAUUGAUAGACAAAUAUUCAACUAAUAUAAACUUGUUUUCAAUUGAAUAUAAAAAUUGUAAAUAAAAUAUUUUUUUAUCAUAUUUGUAGAUUUUGAAAUACACAAAAGGGUAAAUGGAAUUUUUUUAUGAUUGUCAUUGAAAUAUUUAUUUUCAUUUUGGACAAACAUGAUCUGAUCAACAUGCUAAUUAAAAUAAGGUUAACAAUUACAAUUCACUUACAUUUUUGGGAUUGAAAUUUUAUCAAAAUAUUUUUUUACAAGUAGAAUAAAAAAAAAUCAUAAUGGCUUUUAUAUUAUUUUACUAAAAAUAACAUUCCCUGACAUUGCAUAUCAUUUCUUCUAGUUUGAUGAUUUUGUUUAAAAAAUAAGAUAAUUGUUAAAAAAUGUGUGUAACCUUAUUUGAAUGUAAUCAUCUUUCAUGUUUUGUAAAUCCUCAAUUUUUGUUUGUGUGAUUGUGUAAGCUUUAUACUGCCUUGCAGUCUGAAUGUUAAGUAAUUGUGUAGUAACUUAUUUGGUGGAAUGACUUGUUGCUAUUGUUACAGAUCAUUCACCAGCCAGGUAAUCUGUUCACUUUUGACCUCCCUUUAAAGUAAAGAAAUGAUGAUAGUUUUCAUUUUUGUUGAAUAUGUUGAUAUGGUAAUUGUUGAAUAUGUUGACAUGAUAAUUGUUGAAUAUGUUGAUUUGUUAAAAUAAUUCCAUGACUAUUUAGUCUUUCAAUUAAUUUGACUGAACCAGUUCCCUUUCAUUUAUAUUUAGUGGCAAACAACUCUGCUUAUAUUCAAAUACAACGUAAUGAUGCAAAAUUGCAAAGCCAUAUCUUGUAAUGUCCCACCUAUCAUACCUGGUCAUGUUAAAUGUGCACUGCAUUGUUCUUUGGUUGUCUCGAUGGUCAUGGGUUCAUACCCUGCCAGCUGCUGAUCCCCCUGUUGUCCAGCAUAUUAUCUUGAACUCUGAUGGAACAUCCAGAGCAUGUCAAACAUUUU